AUGAACAGUGCCCAGGACAGCCCACUUUCCACUGAAGAUGCUAUCGUCAAAGUAGUCCAUGACGCUUACAGCGACAAGGCCAGGACGGGAGCCGAUCUGUCAUAUACCUUCUCCGUUGCCAAAUCCUUUGGCUAUACCCUCGAACAGUUGCACUCCAUACCCGCCGAGUCCCAUCUUGGACUAAGCUGUGGCAACCCCGUUGCUGCGGCGUCUAUCAAAGACGGAGAAGUCGUACUAGACCUCGGAUCUGGCGGGGGUAUAGACAUCCUGUUGGCAGCCUCCAAAGUCGGUCCUCGGGGCCAAGCCAUCGGCUUGGACAUGUCAGAGGAUAUGAUCGCUUUGGCCCGUCGAAACGCUGCCAGGAAAAAUCUCCGUCCACCCCAGGUCGCCUUCGUCCAGACUCUACUAACAAAGCCUCUCCCCAUAGCUUCAGAAUCCGUCGACUGCGUCAUGUCCAACUGCGUUAUCAACCUCUUACCCAACGCCGGCAAAGCCGCGCUGCUCAAGGAAGUACACAGAGUCCUCAAGCCCGGAGGCCGCGUCGUCCUCGAUGAUAUCAUCGCAAAGAAGCCUUUACCUGACGCUUUGCGCUCUGACCUCGUCCUAUACAUCGGCUGCAUCUCUGGUGCGGUGCAGCUGGGAGAAUACAAGGAUAUCAUCACCGACGCCGGUUUUUCCGAUGCUGUUUUCGUCGAUACGCAUGGCGACUUGAACGUUUACACUCAGAGCGGCUCACCAGGGUGUUGUCCCCCCACAGUCGCUUCCACAAAUUGCUGCAGCACCCCCGCUCCAAGCGCGUCAAAGUGUUGCUCUCCCGCUCCAGGCAAAAGCAAUGACAGCGUCGCCAAGCUCGCCGACGUAAACGAAUGGGCAGCAUCGUACCAGAUAUACGCCAUCAAAUCAGGUGAGAAAAUGGUGACAGCGGCCGCCGAUGCUCCUUCUCCCCUGUUGAAUUGGUGGGACGCCUACCCAAAACCCAAAAGCUCUCCUCCGAACUUGACCUGCGGUCAAGUCGCGGCGCUGCUGAGAGACCCAGAAGAAGUAGAUUAUGCGGUAGUAGACGUCAGGAGGAACGACCACGCCGGAGGUCACGUACGCGGCAGCUUCCAACAUGCGGCGCAGACUUUUUACGACGAGUUGGCAAACUUACACAAGACAUUCGGGCUCAAGAAGCAAGUCAUAUUUUACUGCAACAGCUCAAAUGGAAGAGGUCCUCGAUGUGCGGCUUGGUACCAAGACUUUCUUGAUGAACACGGCUAUACCCAAUCCAGGGCAUAUGUCAUGCAAGGCGGCGCCAAAGCGUGGCUUGACAAGUUUGGCGAGGCGGAGGAUUUAGUAGAUAGGGACUAG